CCAGGAAGAUGGCGGCUGCGGCGGGGAGUCGGAGCUCGUCGUCCGGAUUAAGCGCAGCCGCGGGCGGCGUCUCGGCCCCCGGCAGUCCGGAGACGGGGCGGCAGCAGGUCGGAGAAGCGGAAACCGGGGCUGAGGAGUCCAGGGCGGCGGACUGGAGGCGCAAGCAUCUGCGCAAAGUGCGGAGUGUGGAUGUGGACAGGCUGAGAGCGGAGCCCGGAGCGGGGGAGCCCGAGCCAGUCCUCCCCGGAGGGAGCAGCGAGGCCGAGGACGUGCUGCCCGGCCGUGACAUGGAGAAUAAAGAAACGCUUAGGGGGCUGCCGAAAAUGGAGGACCGCCCGGAGGAGCGCAUGAUCAGGGAGAAGCUCAAGGCAACGUGUAUGCCAGCCUGGAAGCACGAGUGGCUGGAGAGGAGGAGCAGGCGAGGCCCCGUGAUCGUGAAACCAAUUCCAGUGAAAGCAGACGGCUCGGACGCGAUCAGAUCGGACUCCUCUGUGGAGGGAACGGUGAACGGGGCCGUACACACGGUAAAGGGACGGCGCAGUCCGUCUCCCAGCAGCAGCUCUUCCAGUUCUUCCAAGUCCAAGCCAGAGUCUCCAGGAUUGCGGAGGAGAGGAGUGUCUCCGGUCCCGUUUCAGAGCGGCCGCGUCACGCCGCCCAGGAGGGCUCCUUCGCCUGAUGGGUUCUCGCCCUACAGUCCCGAGGAAACCAGUCGCCGCGUCAACAAAGUAAUGCGAGCUCGGCUGUAUCUUCUCCAGCAGAUAGGACCCAACUCGUUUCUAAUCGGAGGCGACAGCCCGGAUAACAAGUACCGCGUCUUCAUCGGGCCUCAGACCUGCAGCUGCGGCAGAGGCACCUUCUGCAUCCACCUCCUCUUCGUCAUGCUACGCGUCUUUCAGCUGGAGCCUUCGGAUACGAUGCUGUGGAGGAAAACCUUGAAGAAUUUUGAAGUUGAAAGUUUGUUCCAGAAAUAUCACAGUAGACGUAGCUCAAGGAUCAAAGCUCCAUCUCGUAACACCAUCCAGAAGUUUGUGUCACGCAUGUCAAACUCUCAUACAUCAUCCUCAUCCCCCACCUCCACAUCUAGCUCAGAUACCAGCAUAAAAGAUGAAGAUGAACAGAUGUGUCCGAUCUGCUUGCUGGGCAUGCUGGACGAGGAGAGCCUGACUGUAUGUGAAGAAGGCUGCAGAAACAAGCUGCACCACCACUGCAUGUCCAUCUGGGCUGAGGAAUGCCGGAGGAACCGGGAACCGCUCAUCUGCCCCCUCUGCCGCUCAAAAUGGAGAUCUCAAGACUUCCACAGUCAUGACUUGCCGGGCCCUGUGGAUUCUCCUCCCACCCUCCACGCCGCCCAGGAGCAGACGCCCCUCGAGCCGCAGACGCCCACAGCUGGAUCCCAAAGAAGGUCCCAGGAUCCCAACCUUAACCUGACUAAUUAUGGGGUCCAGCAGAUCCCUUCCUCUUACAAAAGCAUGGCCGAGCCAUGGAUUCAGGUUUUUGGGAUGGAGCUGGUCGGGUGUUUGUUCUCCCGAAACUGGAAUAUCCGAGAAAUGGCGCUGAGGCGCCUGUCACAUGACGUCAGUGGGGCCCUGCUGUUGGCUAAUGGUGAAAGCACUGGAACGUCCGGCACUGGCGGCUCCUCUGGCGGCACGGCGCCCCACGCUGCCAGCGGUUCAUCUCAGUCCAGUAUCUCAGGGGACGUGGUGGUGGAGGCGUGCUGCAGCGUGCUGUCCAUGGUGUGCGGAGACCCCGUCUACAAAGUCUACGUCGCUGCUUUAAAAACCCUGCGGGCCAUGUUGGUGUACACCCCCUGCCACACGACGGCCGAGCGCAAAAAGCUGCAGCGACUUCUCAACCCUGUGGUGGAGACCAUUCUGGUCAAGUGCGCGGACGCCAACAGCCGUACAAGUCAGCUGUCCGUGUCCACGCUGCUGGAACUAUGCAAAGGACAGGCGGGGGAGCUGGCGGUGGGACGAGAGAUCCUCAAAUCUGGUUCCAUCGGCAUCGGGGGUGUGGAGUACGUCCUAAACUGUAUCCUGGCCACCCAGCCGGAGUUGAACAACUGGCAAGCACUACUGGGCCGCCUAUGUCUCAUCGACCGGCUGCUGCUGGAAUUUCCUGCUGAAUUUUACCCCCACAUAAUCAGUGGGGACGUUGUACAAGCCGACACCACAGUCGAGAGGUACAGGAACCUGCUGUCCUUGCUGAAUUUCGCAUUGCAGUCCAUUGACAAUUCGCACUCAAUGGUCGGAAAGCUGUCGCGCCGGGUGUUCCUGAGCGCCGCUCGGAUGGUGGCGCGAGUCCCCCAUGUGUACGUCAAGCUGCUGGACAUGUUAAGCGCCACGAGCUCCACCCAUUACAGCCGCAUGCGGAGGCGGUUAAUGGCCAUCGCUGAAGAAAUGGACAUUGUGGAGGUCAUUCAGCAGGGCCUGGCGGACUCGCAAACUUUCGAGAAUCGCAGGGAAGCUUUCGUGCAGCCGCCUGCCCCGGCAAACUCCCCUGUAACCUCCCAAAGUAAUUCCCCGGAACAUACUAUGCAGCUAUCAGGGAAGGACCUAGGCGUCUCCAAAGCAGCUUCCGGCCCAGUGGACUUGAACGAGGCGCUAGAAGCGAUGUCCUUGGGACUUCCGGUGUCCACGGCACCAACCGAACAACCAAAGCCUGCCAUCCAGACAAAACGCAGACCGCUCAGUCAGUGCUUGAACUCUCCUUCCUCCUCUCAGCCCCAUUCCUUGUUCCAGACCUUGCCUUCCCCUUCUUCCAUCCCGUCUGGGACAGCUGGCCCUGUCUCUGACGUCGCCAAGCCCAAACCUCAAGCUUUUGCCCCCUGUAAACUUUCCUCCGCUUCCCCUCAGACUCUGAGGAAAUUUUCUCUUCAGAUACAGAAGAACCACUCAGGGGGGAAAGAACACGAAAAACUCUCCCCCGUCUUCACCCAAGCGAGACCUUUACCAUCUCACCAGAUACACAGGCCAAAACCCUCCCGGCCCACGCCCGAGGACAUGGGCAAAGCGGGAGAAUCUCCGAAAGGCAAUAUGACUCUGGAACUAAAUGUUUCCCACUGUGACAAUAGUGGUGGUAGUAGUACCAAUGCUGUUAUACCUAGUGACGACACUGUGUUCACCCCCGUGGAGGAGAAGAGCCGCCUGGAUGCUAACACCGAGCUCAACUCCAGCAUGGAAGACUUAUUGGAAGCGUCCAUGCCGGCCUGUGACGGCACAGUCACCUUCAAGUCUGAGGUCGCGGUGCUGUCACCUGAGCGGGCCGAGGUCGAUAACACCUACAAGGAGGAUGUCAGCCAUAAUCAGAAGUGCAAAGAGAAAAUGGAGGCCGAGGAGGAGGAGGCGCUGGCCAUUGUGCUGGCCAUGUCCGCUUCUCAGGAUGCUCUGCCAGUCGUGCCCCAGCUGCAGGUGGAGAACGGGGAGGACAUCAUCAUCAUCCAGCAGGAUACUCCAGAGACGUUGCCCGGGCAUACCAAAGCAAAGAACCACUAUCGGGAAGAGGCGGAGUGGCUGAAGGGCCAGCAGAUCGGACUGGGGGCGUUCUCCUCCUGCUACCAGGCUCAGGAUGUGGGGACGGGCACCCUAAUGGCUGUAAAACAGGUAACCUACGUCAGGAAUACGUCCACCGAGCAGGGAGAAGUGGUGGAGGCGCUGCGUGAGGAGAUCCGCAUGAUGAACCACCUCUCUCACCCCAAUAUCAUACGGAUGAUGGGGGCCACCUGUGAGAAGAACAACUACAACCUCUUUGUGGAGUGGAUGGCAGGUGGUUCUGUCGCUCAUCUGCUGAGUAAAUAUGGCGCCUUCAAGGAAUCCGUGGUCAUCAACUACACGGAGCAGCUUCUGCGGGGCCUGGCGUAUCUGCACGAGAAUCAGAUCAUCCACAGAGACAUUAAAGGUGCCAACCUACUGAUCGACAGCACUGGACAGCGGCUGCGCAUCGCUGAUUUUGGAGCAGCCGCCAGACUGGCCUCGAAGGGCACUGGCGCUGGCGAAUUUCAGGGGCAGCUGCUGGGGACGAUUGCAUUCAUGGCACCAGAGGUGCUGAGGGGUCAGCAGUACGGGCGGAGCUGUGACGUCUGGAGCGUCGGCUGCAGCAUCAUAGAAAUGUCCUGCGCCAAACCUCCUUGGAACGCGGAGAAGCACUCCAACCACCUCGCCCUCAUCUUCAAGAUCGCGAGUGCGACAACCGCCCCCACCAUCCCGGCUCAUCUCUCGCCCGGUUUACGGGAUGUGACCCUCCGCUGCCUGGAACUUCAGCCUCAGGACCGACCCCCAUCCCGAGAGCUACUGAAACACCCGGUCUUCAGGACCAAGUGGUAGAAAAGCCGAGAGACGGAUGUCUUAAAACAUGCUACUGAUAGCGGGGGAGGGGCUCCCGAUAUACUGCCCCGCCCCCUGCCACAGACAAUACCCGUGUGUUGUGUAGCCGCUCCGUGCCUCCGGAGCUGCGGCCCCGCGUUUAGGGGUUUCGCCUGUCGCUUCAGAGUCGAGGUUUUCUUCUCUUCUUUCCCCUCUAUUUAUUUUCUGAAAAUUGCAAAAAAACUUAAAAAAAUUAUAAAAUCAAUGGCGCGUUAGAUGGGCGUGACCGCGGUGCAGGGGCGACCCCCGCGAGAUGCGGCCAUAGCGAGAAUGCAAUGUGUAAAUACACUGUACAACACCCGACAACCUGCUCACUCCCUCCUUUCAUGUUUGAUACGUUUUUAUAUCAUAAGGUAAUUGUCAUUUCAUGUGUUUGUUGGGACAGAAAUUUUAUUUUUUAUUUUUAUUUUUCAUUUUUCUGUUGCAAAUUUAUUUCCCUGUCGGAAGAGUAACCUGGAAACAAUAAAGCUGAAUUGGGUCGUGCGGAACCUCAGGUUCUUAUCAUGGCGCUCCACUUGUGGCCUGAUAAGCAAAUUGGUAUCCCCCAUGCUUUACCCUGCAGCUCACCCAAUUGACAUUGGCUCCGCCCCAUUUGAUGAAGCCAGCACGGCGAUCAUUUGAUCGCCACUGCUCCGGCUUCUCUAACCGCUGUGAUCAGCUCGAACCCCCAGGGAUCGAAACUGUGCCACGGCGGCCAUCGCUCAUACUGGCCCCGCCCCUGACCUGACCUCCAUGUACCCUAAACAGGGUAUUGGUGAUCUCGACGAUCGUCGUGAUUAUUUGGUCUUCACAGAGACCAGCACGGCCUGGAAUAGGUCUCCUGACGCAGGCUGCUUCUCUGCCCCUUCCCCAUGCUUUACCCUGCAGCUCAUCUCAUUCAGAUUGGCUGCUGAGUUUUAAGGACUUCCUUGCUGCCUGACCAGUGUUCGAUUUACAUGGCGCCACAUGUACAGGACCGGUUACAGAAGGAUCUGUCUGGGAGACGAUGGGGGUGGUGGUUCUGUGUGACGCUCGGCUUAGUUUCCAGGUUGCUCCGCUGACAGGGAACCUUUAGUGCGCAUCUUAUUCCUUGCAUCUUAGUUAGGACGGGGUUAACUUCAUAUCCUUGUGUCCGCUGAUUCUAGUAAUAUGGACGACGGAUCCAUCUCGAACCAAAUCCAAAUGUUUGUGACUUGACUAUGAUCUUUUUUUAUUUUAUUUAAUUUUUAUUUUUUUCUGUUUUUAAUUGGCCAACUUGCUGCUGGUUUCCUUCUGUGAUACACGAGGAUCGUAAUCCAGUGACUGGUAUUAGCCAGGGUUGGAAAGACGACUUCUUAUGAAUACAGCGCCGCCCCUGUCCGCAGGUUGUGUGCGGUAUUGCAGUUUUGUUCACGUGAAUGGAGCUGAGCUGCAAUACCAGACAUGACCUGUGAAGGGGGGGGGGGCGCUACUUUAUGGGAACCGUUUUUUCUUCACACACUGCAAAAGGUGCCAGACGUUACCUGCGGCAGCUUGUCUCCCUCUCCCCCUGCCACCUGUGUUUCUGGGUGGGGGGGGGCGUCUGUCACAUCUAAAGCGGCAGGGAUGAGCAACCUUCGGCACCCCAGCUGUUGUGAAACUACAACUCCCAGCAUGCUCCUUCCACUUGUGUGGGAGUUUAGAGAACAGCUGAUGGGAGAUGUAGUUUCACAACACCUGGAGGUGCCGGUUGGCGGUUGCGGACCCCUGAGAUAGAGGGAUGUACACAGCUCCACUCCUGCGUACUGCCGUUGGAAACCAGCGGGGGGCGUUGGCGCUCAUCGUUCCGAUCUAUCCAAUGACUUUUUUUUUUUUUUUUUUUUUAUUUAAUUUUUUUAACUCCUUGGAAGCCAGGUGAGGUUGUUGCACAAUGAAAAAGAAUCCAGUUAUUCCGUAACUCAGGAUCCGCUCGCGAUAAGCUACUGUACGUCACAGCUGCCUCCGCCGAGGGCGCGCUGAGACGGCGUCAAUGUGAAUUUCACGACAUCGGACAUUCCUUUUCGUGCGACAGACAAGCAAAUUCCAAAGAGUUAAAGUGACUGUUCCUCACUGUGAAGUCUCGUAGCUCUGCCGCUCGUACUUGACUCUCUCUGUAUAUAUAUUUGUAUGUAUUGCACUCUUUCCAAUGUACUGGAAGACUGACGGAUGUGUCGCCGCUGCCCCUCCCCCUCCCCGCACAAUGGCUCAAUCAGUAUUACCCUGUAGAUCUCUGCUCCUCGCGCUCUCCCCCCCCCCCCCCCCCCCCCCCACUGGUGUAAUCAAAGCUGGACUGAGAAUGGCGCCUGAGCGCGUCUUCACGUUACCUGGUACUCCUGUACAUAACGCCGCCUGCUUCCUGUGAUUUCAGUCUCUACUACCUCAGGUUCCUAUAGAUUUUUCUUCUACCAAAGUUUUUUUUUUUUUUUUACUAUUUUUUUUUUUUUUUCACGAGAUGAUAUUUGCUGUAUGAUUCCUAAGACUUCCAGGGCUCAAGGGCUAAAAAAAUAUAAAAAAAACUUUUUCUCUUAGCACCUUAACUGUGCAAGCAAAAAAUAAAUAAAAAAAUUUUUAAAAAAAAGUUGCCGAAAUCUCGGGGUGAAGAAUAAAUUUGGCUUCGAUGUAUCCAAUGUUUAUUUUAAAAUAUAUCGAAAUAUUUUAAUUAUUAAAGGUGUUUUUUUUUUUCAACCCGUGAUGUGAUUUUAUAGCAUUAUUUGUAUGGAUUUCUGGUGUUUGUUU